AUGCUAUAUCGUCUAUAUGCUAUCAAAAAGAUUUCUCCCAUACCUAUUUUAUCUCAAAAUCAAAAAUUAUUUUUUUCAAAAUCUUUUACAUCAUCUUCAAAACAUCGUCAUCGUUUCUAUAUCUAUUCCGUUGUUGCUGUAACAUCAACUGCUGUUUUGGGAACAUUUUAUUAUCGAUUUAAUCGAAACAAAUUUGAUUAUAAUCGACGAGAAUAUGUUAAAAAUCUUGAAGUAAUUGAAUAUAAUCUACUAGAACGUAGACCUAUACUCGAUUCAUCAAAUAUAAAACAUAUUACAUUUGAUCAACCAUCACGAAAAACAUUUCCCUAUAAAUUAACUGUCUAUGAAUCUAUUCAAUGUCCAUAUUGUUCAAAAUUACGAGCUUAUUUAAAUUAUAAUCGUUUACCCUACAAUAUAAUUAAAGUGAGAACUGAAGAUAUACAAUGGUCACUCUAUAAACAAGUUCCAAUUGUUAUUCUAGAGAAUGGUGAACAAAUACAACUUAAUGAUUCAACACAAAUCAUAUCUGCAAUAGAAUCCUAUUUUCUAACACCAACAAAAUCAUUUCGACAUAUAUGGAAAUUAUAUCAACCACUAGUAGAAAAUAAUAAGAAACAAUAUAAACUAAUAUAUUCUUAUCCAAAUAAAUAUCAUCUCAUUCAACCAUUGUCAUCAGACAUAAUAGAUCAACAAAACAGACAAAUAGACGAUGAUCUACUAUUAUCAUCAAAAUCUAGAAAAACGGAACGUCAAUGGCGUGAAUGGGUCGAUGCAAAAUUAAUUCCAUUAUUUUCAUCUAAUGUAUAUUUAACAUUACGUGAAUCAUUGGAUAGAUUUUAUUUGUAUGCUGAAGCUGAUAAUUGGAUGAAAACAUAUCCAUGGUAUAAACGUUUUGUAAAAAUUAAUUUUGGUGCAAUUUAUAUGUGGUUAAUUAAUUUUAAAUUAUCAACAGAUGUGCGAAAAGAAUUAAUUGAUUGUAUUAAUGAAUGGUUGACAGCUAUUGGAAAUGAUCAAAACUUUUUAGGUGGACAAAAUCCAAAUUUAGCUGAUAUUAGUGUCUAUGGUGCAUUGACAUCUAUACAAGAUUCGAAUACAUUUACCUAUUUAAUUAAAAAUACAAACAUUGAAUCAUGGUUUGAAAGAAUGAAACAAAUUAUUGAUUUACGAGUGAAUUCUUCUUAA